AUGCAGCUGAUCCUCCGAAGCAGAGGUACCCAUCCGAGCGUUCCACCGUCUUUCUUCCGAGCUGACCGCUGUAGACCAUCGAGGGCCCUGAUCGAUGCGGCCGAACGAGAGAAGCGCACGUUACAGGCGAUUCUGGUUUCGCUGAAGAACGCUGAUCCAGCAGAGCGAAAUGCCAUCCUGGAUUCCAUCUCCCUGGACAAUGGCGUCCUCCGCCUGCCAGAUUCUCUCAAUGACUUGGGGCACGACAAGCGCCCCCCAAAGCAGAGCGGCCCGCCGAGCGCACAGGACGAUCGCGACGGCCUCACGCCCGAUGAAAGACAGAACAUCUCAACGUUCAUCUCCCGAGACGAGUGCGGCGUCGUCCGCAUCUUUGGCCCUACCUCGGCCCUCCAUAUCGAAAGUCCCACCAGUAUGCCGGACUCGACCGAGUCCCGGGCGACCUCCGACCCAGACCGUUUCCAGCUGAUCGCCAACGCCGCCCUGCAGCGACAGAAGGAACACGAUCUGCGAAAGCUGCCGACGAUAGGCGGGAUCCCCUCGGAGUUGGCGAUGCACCUGCUGGACCUGCACUGGAAUCGGCAGCAUCACACGUUUCAUCUCACGGGGGGACCCUACUGUUCGGAAUUCCUGCUCAACGCGGUGUUUGCGUGCUCCAGCAAGUUCUCGGAGCGGAUCGAGGUGCGAGAAGAUCCGGACCGUCCAGAGACGGCGGGCAAACGGUUUUUUGACCGGUGCGACGAAUUGCUGGCGCAGCAAAAUCUGCUGCAGUCUUCCAGCAUCCCAACCGUCACGGGGCUUCUAAUGCUGGGCAGCACCUUCAACGCCCGUGGGAUGACCUCCAAGGGCUGGCUGUAUACGGGCUACGCCCUGCGCAUGGUGUAUGACCUGGGUCUGCACCUGGACUGCAAGGAGGUCGCCGGGAACGCAGAAGAUAUCGAGAUUCGCCGGCGGGUCUUCUGGGGCGCUUUCAUCUGCGAUAAACUGCAGAGUCUCUACUUUGGGAGGCCGUUUACCAUCCAGCUUCGAGACACCCAUGUCUCGUGGGACUUUAUGGACACGUUUGAAGAGAAUGAACUGUGGACGCCGUAUGUCGAUCCCACCCUGCCCACGACGAGGAUAAAUCAGCCCACCCCGAUUCGCCUGUACUCCAUCUCGACCUUUCAGCAGCUGUGCUCGCUGUCCAGGAUCAUGACGAGCAUCAUCGAUCACUUCUACGUCGUGGGAGCGACGCCGGACAAGACGAGGGCGCAUCUCGAUUACAUGGAUGAGAAACUGUUGACGUGGUACAAGAACCUCCCGUCCGAACUGCGGUUUGAGCCAUGGGCACAAGAUUCGUCGUCUUCGAAUGGCCCGACCAUGGCCGCUCCGAACGGCAUCAUCCUUCUCACCACGUACCAUGCGCUUCUGAUCCUGCUCCACCGGCCGUUCAUCACGAAUGGGCCCGCACACUCUUGGGAACGCUGCGUCACGGCGGCCCGGAACAUCACGAGCCUGGCGCUGGCCUACCAAUCUGCCUACUCCCUGCGGAGAGCGAACUACAUGCUCAGCUACGCCGUCUACGUGGCCUGCACGAUCCACGCGCGCAAUCCCGCCGUGCGAGAAAGCACGCAGCGGGGGGACCCGUCGUCGCCAUUGACGGUGUGUCUGCGCUGUCUGGACGAGCUGGCGGUGCCGAAUUGCGGAGUGUCGGCGCCGGCCAAGAUCAUCCGGCGGCUGAUGGAGGCCAACGGGAUUCCAGUUGGAAGGGAAUCGGUUUCCAACGUGGGGGACUCGUUCCCACUGGACGUCGAUCUGAGCCGGCAGAUGUUUCCGGAAACGAUGCUGAGUCCGAGCACGAUGGAGCAGCAGCCUUUCAUUGAGGAUUUGGACCUACUAUUCGGAUUCAUGCAGGAGUCGGCCGAUAUAUGA